GUGUUGCUCUACAGUUGGGACCCACAUUUCAUUUUCAUCAGCGGCUUGGGGAUAAAGGAGACAUCAUGAAGUUGCUUUUGCUUCUGGGCUUGGUGGCACUCUCCCAGUGCUUGGUGACCAAGGUCCCUCUGAGGAAAGGGAAAUCCCUGAGGCAAAACCUUAAAGAACAUGGGCUGCUGGAAAAAUACCUGGAGAAACAUCCUCACAACUUGGGCUCAAAGUAUUUCCCCAGCCAAGGCAACGCAAAUGCCGCUGAGCCCUUGGAGAAUUACAUGGAUAUUGAGUACAUUGGCACCAUCUACAUCGGUACUCCACCACAGCAGUUCACAGUCCUCUUUGACACCGGCUCCUCCAACUUGUGGGUCCCUUCUGUGUACUGCUCCAGCUCAGCCUGCUCAAACCACAACCGCUUCAACCCCCAACAGUCCUCCACCUACCAGGCCACCAGCCAGAGCGUCUCCGUCACAUAUGGCACUGGGAGCAUGACUGGAUUCCUAGCCUAUGACACCGUCCAGGUGGGAAGUAUUGAGGUCACCAACCAGAUCUUUGGCCUGAGUGAGACCGAGCCUGGCACUUUCCUGUAUUAUUCCCCCUUUGAUGGCAUCUUGGGUCUGGCUUACCCCAGCAUUGCCUCCUCUGGUGCAACUCCUGUCUUUGACAACAUGAUGAGCGAGGGUCUGGUGUCUCAGGAUCUCUUUUCCGUCUACCUGAGUUCCAAUGACCAGAGUGGAAGCUUUGUGAUGUUCGGUGGUGUCGACUCAUCCUACUAUUCCGGGAACCUCUACUGGGUGCCUCUCUCUUCUGAGUCUUACUGGCAGAUCACUCUGGACAGCAUCACCAUGAAUGGCCAGGCUAUUGCAUGUUCCGGCGGCUGCCAAGCUAUUGUUGACACUGGUACCUCCCUCUUGGCUGGUCCCCCUCAAGGCAUUUCUAACAUUCAGUACUACAUUGGUGCAAGCAACGGUGAGGUCAGUUGCAGUGCCAUGAACAGCCUACCUGACAUUGUUUUUACCAUCAAUGGCUAUGAGUUCCCUGUGCCUGCCAGUGCCUACAUUCGCCAGGGCCAAAAUGGCUAUUGCACAAGUGGCUUUGAGUCCAUCAGCAUUCCUACUCAGUCUGGUGAGCUGUGGAUCCUUGGGGAUGUCUUCAUCCGCGAGUACUACUGUGUCUUUGACAGAGCAAACAACCAGGUCGGCUUGGCCCCUGUGGCAUGAACGUGACAACAUCUAUUGGCAAAAUGAUUCCCUCAAGGUUGUUUUUACUUGCUGGGACUAAAUUUAGUCACUAUGCUCCCUCCCCAUAAGCUGAAACAUUAAUAACAGUAGAAUAAAAGAAUAUAAAGCAAAUGAA